AUGGUAGUGCUGCGUGGUUUAUGCUUGGCGGUGUUUACCGUCGUGCUGGUUCAGGCUGGUGUGAUUAAGAACUCUCCCGAAAAUGCUGCCCGACUGCGGAACCUUCGGCCGGACGAGCUGGCAGAGGAGCUGAGUGGCCAGUUUGAGGGUGACAUCGUACUGAGCGAGGAACAGGAACGCUCGAUACUGAGCAACAAGCGCAAUGGGCUGAUCGCGUCCACCUAUCGCUGGCCGGGCGAUACCGUACCGGUCCUGAUCGUGGAGGAGGACUUUACGACGGAUCAGAUCGAACACAUCAAGCGAGGGCUACGGCAGAUCGAGCUCGUCACCUGUCUUAAGUUUGUGACGCGUACGAACGAGGCGGACUAUGUGCAGGUCAUCGGUACCGGGUCGGGAUGCUAUUCCUCCGUCGGCCAUCGGGGCGGCGCCCAAACGCUCAAUCUGGAGCCGUACGCUGUCGAUACCGGGUGCUUCCGGUUGGCCACGAUCGUGCACGAGUUCAUCCAUGCGCUCGGGUUCUACCAUCAGCAGAGUGCGAGCGAUCGGGACCAGUUCGUCGAUAUCGUGUGGGACAACAUCGAGGAGGGCAAGCAGCAUAACUUCAACAUCUACGACGCCGACACGGUGACGGAUUUUAACGUGAUGUACGAUUACGGCAGCGUGAUGCAUUACAGCUCGACCGCGUUCAGCAAGAACGGUGAGAAAACGAUCGUGCCGAAGGAUCCGAAUGCGGCGAUCGGGCAGCGUGUUGGCAUGAGCGAGCGGGACAUCUCCAAGCUGAACCAUAUGUACAAGUGUUUGAAUAAAAAUUAA